AAUGCCGACAGUUGUUGACAGAGCGUGUAUGAAAUGAAUGCUUAUUCUACAUGAAGUGAUUUUUAUUUUAAUGAAAACCAGUGCAGUUUGCAGCACAAAGCCAUCGAAUUACAAAACGACACUUGGAACAUUCUUAACAACACGCCAGGAUGGAAAUGCAAGAGCUAACAACAUUCCAACAGUCGGAAGAAAUUAUUCAACCGUUCACGAUCAGCUGUGUCGGGGAAGUAGUGAUAGUAUGCGCCAAGGAACACACGCUUGUGCUAAGGCUAAAGUACAGACACGUCGUCGAGGACGGUGCAAUUUGCUACGAACUGUCGCGCAUCAAAUGUUCCAAUGCACGUCCCACCGGUGCUCUGGUAGCGCGCGAAGACAUGCUGUACAAUGCUAGCAACGUAGAGCAGCGCAAGCAAAUAAUGCUGGAUCAAACGUUCUUCCCCAACAUUGCCAAGGUGUACAUUUGCAACGUCCAAUCGUGGAUAUCUCCCGUCGGCAUUUUCGAGGACAACCCUCGCGACCAUCUCAUAGCGAAUCUGAACAAUAUGGGACAGCUUACGAUUUACCGACUGGAGGAACGGUGGCAAACGGGCUGGGACACGUACGUGGACGUAUCCGACACAUGGCAGUCCCACAUAUACGACCAGCAUCAGAUCGAUACCUUCGAAGAGCUGCAGAUCAUGGUUGAUGAGAUGACGAUAACGUGCUUCUCGUGGGAAAGCGUCAUCCACCAACGUCCGGUUCGAUUCGCAUUCGGUACAAAGUCGGGCAAAAUCGUACUCUGCCAUCUAGAGCCGAACUGUCCGAAGAUUGAGCACGUACACCAGGAGGAGGAAGCAUCGCGCGUUAUAAAAUACGUGGCCGUACAAGGGCAGCGUCAUUUUUUGCUGGUCGGACUCGAAAGUGGCCGGCUGGGGGUGUACCGGUUCGGGAAGGACGCUGCCACCCAACAGGUCACCUACUGUGCAGAGUACAUUGCCACCUACCUCGAGCAGGACAUUUCCAUCUCGGCGAUCGAGUGUGAAGUGGAGCGAAAACCGAACGGCGACGAACAGCUAGUGAUACUCGCCGUAAAAGGAACUUAUUUACUAGCGCUGGAGACAGCAUUCGAUGGUACGCUGCACGGUUCCGUUACACUGAAUAUGGACAAUUUCAUGAUCACCGGAUUGCAGCAGGUGGGUUCACGCAGCUACAUCGUAACCACGCUGCCAGGAAAGAUUUUUAACGUUUUUAUCAGUAGUUCGCGCUCACGGAACGGUAUGCAGAUUGCGGUGCAAGAAGUAAAAAACGAUCUAAAUGUAGGUUCGUACGCAUUGUACGGUGUCGCUGCGUCACGUACCCGCACCGGGUGGUUUUAUCUUGGCUAUCCUUCGCGACGAUUCGACCAUUUGAUGUUGCGUGCACCGACCUGUAUAUUUUUUUGUCGAUUUAAUCAAAAGGACGCGCUAAGAGCUUUGCUGCUAAACAAAACCAACAAACUGGACAAUUAUCACGAUGCGGUAGAGAUGGUACGAUUUCAUGGCAAUAGAAUUUUGGACACGUUGAAACCGCUGGAAGACAUCCCGCUGGUGCUGUCGCUUAACGAACAAUCGAUGUAUCAGCUGAAGCUGCAACUAAUACAGCUUAGCGCGAAGAUCAGCUAUCAGACGAAGCGCUGCAAAGCGAUUACGGAGAAUCUGCACACCCAGCACCAAUUUAUCUGUAGCCUGAUCGAGGUGAUCAAUGCGAGCCGGAUCGUACGUUGGCUGGCGGAAUUAUACACCAUCCGGUCUGUGCUGGAUCCUUUGCAGCAGAAUGCAUUGCGCUGCUUGCGGAACUUCAUCCGUACCAUCAUCGAAGAACCAUGCGUUGGAGAUUACGGAUACUUGCUGACGAAUCUAAACCCCCUACUGUACCAGGUGCUGAACAGCGUAGACCCCAUCCAUACACCGGACAUUAUGCAUGAGGUUUGCUCGUUCUGUGAUGCUGCUAUCGCGCCCAACAGUCAAUGCUGUCCGGACAAGCAUCAGGUAUUUCGGUGCAUACUGACCAAGAUACAGAUAACGCUCGAAAGUAACGAGGUUACGUGCGAAAUGUGCCAACGAUAUUCGGUGCGGUCGGAAGUGUUGAAGACGAUAUUUGAACAAGAUACGACAUUGGUUGACUAUCGCAAGUGUUGCAUCUGUGAUGCACCGUUUAAAGAAAUGCAAAACGUUUAACUCUGUAGGGCAGCAAGCGAUAGGCAUUAAGGAAUCACGAGAGUAAUAAAACUGAAAACUGUAAC